AUGGCCUCCGAUCAUCACCACCACCACCACCACCAACACCGUCCCAACCGCCUAUCUCUCCCGCCGCGCACGGCCAUCCCGAUCACCUCAUCCCGCCAUUACCCUCCCUUCACUCCAACUCCCACCCCCUCCAAAAAUCGCCACCGUCUACCUUCCUUCACCGCCACAAAAAACAAAAAAAUCUCUCCGUCAUCCCUCUUCCUCCUCCUCUUCUCCCUCCGUUCCCUCUACUCUCUCCUUCCGUUUCUCCAAUCUUCACCAUCUUCGUUCUCAAUCUUCCCUUUCGCGUUCCUCGUCUCUCUCCUCUCAUUCCUCCUCUCUCUUUCUUUCUCUCUCUUCAAACAGAAAUCCAUUUUUACGUUUCAUCAUUCGAUCACCAAAUCCCAACAACGAAUACUCUUCGCUAAAUCGAUUCUGCUCGCGAUCGUCUUCCUCAUCCGUUUCCAAGCGCUUCGUUACUGCGGUACCGCUGCUAUGAUCCUCGCGGAAACGUCCGGUUACGUCGCUUCUCAUUUCGUCACCGGACAAAAUCGCAGUUUCACUCAUCUAGAUCGGGUUGGUUCCAAUAAGGUUCGUGGAUUUUUCGCGUUGUUCAUCGGAUUAUUAUUAUUAUCCAUCAGUUGGGAUCGAAUUGAAUGUUUCCCUUUCUCUUUUGUCAACCUCGGUAAACUAGGGUUUUCCUCUUUUCUUAUUGCCAAUAGAGAGAAAUGUGUUAGGGUUUGGCCAAUGCUGCUUCCUUUUCUUUCAGGGUUUUUGAGUGGGUACGAACAAGGGUCUAUAAAUUGGGGAACAAUCAGGGAAUUGGGUCGGAAAGAGGUUCGACUGAUUUCAUUGCUCUAUACUACUGCUAUCCUCUUUGUCCCUGCUGCCAUUAGUAUGCUGGUCUUCGAAGCAGAGGGAGACAGUGUUUCCAUUCGUACCCUUGGGUGGCCAUUAGCAAACACAGUAGUUUUCGGAGUGCUUUUGAGUGAGAAUUACACCGAUGAGAAGCUAAUAACCUUCAAAGAUUUCCAAAAAGAGUUUCUUGUCACAUUCGUAUGCACCAUUAUCCUUGAGUUGCUUUAUUAUCCUGAACUUUCCCUUUGGGGGUUACUAAUCUGUGGUAUACUUCUUGGAAUUGGUGUGAUGGAAUUAGAUCCUGCUCGUUUAAUCUCUCUGGAAUUAGGGUUAGGAUCAUCAGAUUCAUUUCUAGUUUCAGUCACAAAGUCUAUUCGUCACAUUAUGAGUGAAAGAAAAUCAAGAAAAAUUGCUCUUUUUCUCUUGAUCAAUUCUGGUUACAUGGUGGUGGAAUUUGUUGCAGGUUUUAUGAGCAAUAGUCUUGGGUUAAUAUCUGAUGCAUGUCACAUGCUGUUUGAUUGUGCUGCACUUGCUAUUGGUCUUUAUGCAUCUUAUAUUGCUCGAUUACCUGCAAACAAUCAGUAUAAUUUUGGUGGUGGAAGAUUUGAGGUUUUAUCAGGUUAUAUGAAUGCUGUGUUUCUUGUUUUAGUUGGAGCUUUGAUUGUUUUGGAAUCAUUAGAAAGAAUCUUGGAGCCUCAGGAGAUUUCAACUUCAAGUUUGUUGAUGGUUUCAAUUGGAGGUCUUGCUGUUAAUGUUGUGGGGUUGAUCUUUUUUCAUGAUGAACAUCAUCAUGCCCAUGGUGGAGGUGCAUCAUGUUCCCAUUCCCAUUCCCAUUCCCAUUCCCAUUCCCAUUCCCAUUCCCACUCUCAUCAUCAUGAUCAUGCCCAUGUUGGACAUGAUCAUGAAACAGAUGAUCAUAAACAUAAACAUGAUCAUGAUCAUCAUGAUCAUGUUGUCAAGGAGGAUAAACAAAAGCAACAUCAUCAUCAUCAUCAUCAUAUUGAUCACAACAUGGAGGGAAUAUUUUUGCAUGUUCUUGCAGACACAUUAGGAAGUGUUGGGGUUGUAAUUUCAACUCUUCUGAUUCAAUACAAAGGGUGGCUUAUUGCUGAUCCUGCUUGUUCUAUCUUUAUAUCAAUAUUAAUUGUGUCUUCUGUGAUACCAUUGUUAAGAAACUCUGCAGAAGUUUUGUUGCAAAGGGUUCCUAGAUCUCAUGAGAACGAGCUAAAAACAGCUAUAACUAGUGUUAAGAAGAUAAAGGGUAUAUCUGGAAUUCAGAAUUUUCAUGUAUGGAGUCUUGCAAAUAACGAUGUUGUUGGGACUCUUAAUGUGUAUAUUUCUGAGGGAAUUGAUCAGAUGGAAAGAUUCCUGCUUUCAAGAAUCUUGAAAGGGCUCCAAGAUUUGAUCAUAGAAGGAAAAGAUGAUGACUUUCUUGUUGGGUUUUGCAAGGUUGACCCAUGGUGGUGGUGGUGGUGGAGAUUGGCGGCUGAAAACUGA